GUUUAAUACCUAAUAUACACCAUAUUCAACAAGGGUGGCAAUCUUUGAAUGAUUGAUAUACUUUAUUUUUUUCCUUUUUUAGGCAUGGUUAGGUGAGUAUUUAAUCUGCAGUCUUAACGUUUCAUAGCCAUCAUCAUAACGGUGGUAAAUAUAUCAUUUUGGUUGAAUGACACCGAUGCCGGGAAUUUUUGGCCGAUGAUUUUGUUGUAAAAUAUGUAUUGGGAUACAGAAAAAAGGGAGGUUAUGCGGUGCGCUGACGUCAUAUUAUCGUCGACAUCUGAUUUAAGCCAAAUGGGAUGAUAUAAUCUCAGACACUAAGAUCACGUCAUGCACACUUGGAAUGAAUAAGGGGCCUCCUCGCUCUUUGUUGUCUAUUUUCAGAAUCCCUGAGGUUUUUAUGUCCUGGUAGUUGAAAGACACUGCUUCAACUUUCCCUUAUACCAUGGCUCCCAAAGACACUUUCUUUCGCUCAGUUGAUAUGAGCUUAAUCCAGCUCUAUAUUGCUAACGAAAAUGGACGUGAGGUUGUUAAGGCUCUUGGUGAACUUGGUCAAGUUCAGUUCAGGGAUCUUAAUCAAGAUAGCAAUGCUUUAAAAAGGACUUUCACUGGAGACAUCCUUCGCCUGAAUGAGGUUGAGAGACAACUGCAUUACAUCCGUUCACAGCUAGAUAAAGCAGAUAUUACAUUACAACCUUCAUCUGAAUGCUCAGAUACAUCGGCAGCUAAUCUGACAUCAGAGAUUGACGAGCUCAUGGGCCGCAUUCAGUGUCUGGAGCAGCAGAUAUCUUCCUUGAGCGAGAGCUACGAGAACCUAGUGAGACGUGAGUUAGAGCUGGUCGAAUGGCACUGGGUGCUAUCAACAGCUGGUAGCUAUUUUGAACAUGCUCAGGGCCAUGGAGAAGAGAUAUAUCGGUCACUUAGCAAUGCUGAAACUCCCUUGCUGCGCGACAUUGAGCAGCAGGCUCGCCUGAACGAUGUUGGGGUCCCGCAUAGGCUCCAGGAUAUGAGCAUCGGAAUUAUUGCUGGAAUGAUACCACGAACUAGGAUGGGGUUACUCCAACGCACCCUUUGGCGAACACUCCGUGGUAACCUCUAUAUGAAUCAGUCCGAUAUCCUUGUGCCUAUUGUCGACCCAACCAACAACGAGGAGAUCCACAAAAGUGCAUUCAUGAUCCUUGCACAUGGCAAAUCCAUUACUGCGAAGAUCCGACAGAUUUCUAAAUCUCUCGGUGCUUCUCUGUAUAGUGUCGAUGAGGACUAUGACCUACGAAGGGAACAGAUGCAUGAAGUAAGCACCAGAUUGAAUGAUACGAGGAAUGUGGUGGAAAGGACAAAAAAUAUGCUUCAUGCAGAACUGACACAGAUUGCCCCUUUUCUGACGGCUUGGAUGACUAUUAUCAAGAAAGAGAGGGCCAUAUAUGACACGCUGAAUCAAUUCACCUAUGACCAGGCCAGAACGACACAUAUCGCAGAGGCAUGGUGUCCUACUAGCUCGCUUCCAUCAAUCAAGAUGGCUUUGCGGGACGUUAAUGAUCGCGCUGGAUUGACUGUGCCUACAAUUGUCAAUCGGGUCAGAACGAAUAAUACUCCACCCACCUUUGUCAGAACAAAUAAGUUCACUGAUGGCUUCCAGAACAUUGUCAAUGCGUACAAUAUUCCAAAAUAUGAAGAGUCUAAUCCCGGGUUGUAUACAGCUGUUACCUUUCCCUUCAUGUUUGCAGUUAUGUUCGGAGACGUUGGCCAUGGUGCAUUGAUAACCAUCGCUGCCACUGCUAUGAUCUGCUGGGAGGGGACGCUGAAGAAAUCACAGCUGGACGAAUUGGUUCAGAUGGCCUUCUACGGCCGCUAUACCCUGCUAAUGAUGGGUCUUUUCUCCAUAUACACUGGUUUGCUUUACAACGAUGUUUUUUCAAAGUCGUUCACUUUCUUCCCGAGCCAGUGGAAGUGGCCUGACAACAUACGACCAAGCGAAACGAUCGAGGCUUCGCUAAGGGACGGCUAUCGGUUUCCAUUUGGAGUGGACUGGAACUGGCAUGACGCCGAGAAUUAUCUUCUUUUUACUAACAGUAUGAAAAUGAAGAUGAGUAUUCUGCUGGGUUGGAUGCAUAUGACAUACGCACUCUGCUUACAAUAUGUGAACGCCCAUCACUUCCGCCAGAAGGUCGAUAUUAUAGGUAACUUUAUCCCAGAAAUGAUCUUCUUUCAAUCAAUUUUUGGUUACCUUGCCUUUACGGUCCUCUACAAGUGGUCUGUUGAUUGGGAAUCCCGUGAACAGUCCCCGCCGAACCUUCUGAAUAUGUUGAUCUCUAUGCUUUUGUCUCCUGGCAAAGUUCAAGAGCAGCUUUAUGAGGGCCAGGCAGUCGUUCAAGUUAUUCUAUUGUUUCUGGCUUUUAUUCAGAUACCUAUUAUGCUUUUCUUCAAGCCACUCUAUCUCCGCUGGGAGAAUAACAAUGCCAGAACUGUUGGUCGCAGGGCCUUUGAAGAGCGGUCCAGAGAGAGCGUACUGGGGGAGGACAGGUUUCUAGGCGAGCAUGUCUCCGGAUCUCGCGAUCACAUAGCUGACGAGAAUGAGAGCGCCGCUCUGAGUGCUCAAAGCAUAGCUGAGGAAGAGUGUUUUGUCUUUAAUUUCGACGACCUCAUGAUCUACCAAGUUAUCCAUACCAUUGAAUUCUGCUUGAAUUCCAUUUCUCACACCGCAUCCUAUCUCCGUCUGUGGGCCCUCUCUCUAGCUCACCAGCAGCUUUCAAUCGUAUUGUGGGACAGAACAAUCGGCGGUGCUUUCAAAAUUGAAUCAUUUACCAGCCGUGUGAUUAUGAUCAUUGUUACAUUCUAUCUGUGGUUCACCAUAACCAUAUGCAUCUUGUGUGUGAUGGAGGGUUCUAGCGCAAUGUUGCACUCUCUCCGUCUCCACUGGAUCGAAGCUAUGAGCAAGCAUUUUAUUGGUGGAGGGACGCCAUUCACUCCUUUUGACUUCAAGAGAUUGCUCGCUGAGGAUUCAGGCAUAUACUAGUUAAGAUGACUCAUUUCGAGUUAGAUUAACAGUCGAGCAAACAAAAGUCAGUGUGCCGUAAAACAAAGCUUUCAAUCUAUGUGACCCAUGUUCAAGACUUUUGGCAAUACGUUCCAAAACAUAAGCG